UGCCCAGAAAAUCAAGCAUCCCCUCGAGUUCCAAUUCCAUGGACUAUAAAAGUUGCAGCUCCAAGCGAAUCAAGGCAUAGUCCAAUUUGCUAGCUCAAAUCAAACUAAACUAACAACAUGUUCAAGCUGUCCGCCCUCGUUGUCCUGUGCGCCCUGGUUGCCUCCGCCGUGGCUGAGCCCAAGCCAGCGAUCCUGGCCGCCGCCCCUGUGGUUGCUGCUCCGGCUGGAGUGGUCACCGCCACCAGUUCCCAGUACGUGGCUCGCAACUUCAACGGCGUUGCUGCUGCUCCAAUUGUGGCUGCCGCCUACACCGCUCCAGUCGCCGCUGCCUAUACCGCUCCGGUUGCUGCCGCCUAUACCGCUCCCGUGGCCGCCGCCUACUCCGCUUAUCCCUAUGCCGCCUACCCAUACACCGCUGGUUACACCACUGUUUUGUAAGAGGGAUUAGCCAGGACUCAAAAUGGAUUCGA